GUUGAGAUGUGACACAAUUGAACGAAACGAACGAAAUUAAUUCAAAAUGUCUGAUAUCGAUGACCUCUUCGACUAUGACGCCGGUCUAGACGACAUCCUCAAAAACCUCCCUUCAGCCCAGAAUAAGGAGACAUCGCAGACAGAAAAGGGCAAUAACGACGAGCCUGACGCGACCAAAGUACUAGGUCUGGAUGCAGAUUUAAAAGUUACCAAGCAAAGAGUGCCUAUAGCUAAACUUGACGAGGCUCGUUUACUGUCACAAAAAGGCAUCCCAAAGCUAAGAAAGGAUGUCAAAACCAAGCUCAAAUUCAAAGGCAAAGCUCAUGAGGUCAGUCUACCUACUCUUAAAUUUGAACAACGAAUUUCAAAUUGAUAACAUAUCUCUCCAGUUCUCCGACCUAGGACGUCUCCUCAACUUCUACCAACUAUGGCUCGACGAUCUCUAUCCCCGCGCAAAAUUCGCCGAUGGCCUGGCCAUGAUCGAGAAAUUGGGCCACUCGAAACGGAUACAAAUAAUGCGAAGAGAGUGGAUAAAUGAGGAGAAGCCAGAUUAUCUCAGAAAUGCAGAUGACGAAGACCACAAUAAUCACGACAAUAGCAAUCCUGUCGCGGAAAGGGAUGAGGCGCCAGGAGCUCAAACAGCGACAAAUAACGACACAUCAGCGGAUGCUAACGUACCUCUGGACGAUGACAUGGAAGACUUAUUCGGUGAAGCGCCGAGGCGUCGCUCCACGCCAAAGCAGGAUACGUCUAGCGGAUCUAAUGACGAUGUUCCGCCAGAUGACGACCUGGGAAUGAUGCUAGCUGAAGCCGAAAAUGUCAACGGCACGACAGAACAAGAUACAUUUAACGAAUCAAACACGCAGGCGCCUGUAACUGACGCAAAUAAUGAUAAUGAUGCACCGCCAGACGACGAUUUGGAUAUGCUAUUGGCUGAAGCUGAGAAUAUUGCACAAGCUGGGGAUGGCAGUCGAAAAUCGAUUUUUAAUAGUUGAACGAUAUGUCUUGGAUAAUUGUGGAAUAAUAUAAGACAUUUGUGUCUACGAAAAUGAUGUUUCGUCAUGUUAACGAGUGAGAGCUGAUAGAUGGUUCUUUCGUUGUACGACUCGAACAUUGCAAGUGCUACCAUCGGGAUAUAAGGCUCAGAAAGACACUGAAAUAGUGGCGUGCCAUUAUUAUGUGUAGUCUAAUGAGAACAAACACUGAUCAACACCAAUGUCUAAACAGCCCAUGAGGUAUAAUUGAAGUUUUGUACUAAAUUUUAUCAUGAUUGGCACAAAUCUAUGUAUCUCCCUAGAAGUAAAUCACUAGGAUAUUCCAAGCGUUAGUUCUUCUUGUUCCAUGCUCCAAUAGCUUCGUCAACAAGAUUCCGGUAUUCCUUUUGCUUGAAGCACUGCUCCAGGAAGACCUUGUAUUUAGCUUCAAGUAAAGCCAGCUCAGUCCUGUCAGUCGUAGGAACUACCUUUCGACCAGGUUUGCUCAUUUUGUCCAUGAUAGACCAUAGAUCCUCGGUUUUGCCCUCACUAUCUGCACUGGCAGCUUUAGCACCAAGCAUAGCAGCACCAUGGCAGACAGCAGCCUGAACAUAGCGAGGGAUGAGAACAGGGAUGUUACAAGCAGACGCGAUGAGUUUGACGAGAAUCUCGUUUUGGCACUGAGAUCCAGACAUGAAGAUGGAGUUGAUAUUGUGGCCAGCCUCGUUCAAGGUAUCGACAAUCUGCUUGGUUUGCAAGGCGAUGAACUCCAUCGUAGCGUAAUAGUAUAUGGCAAGACUGUCAACUGUCUUGUCGCUAGUUAGUCCAACUACGGCGCCAGUCAUGCUGGCGUCCGCAAUUGGGGAACGGUUACCAAAGAGGUCUCCGUAGAAGAAAAAGUGGCGGCCGAGAUAGGAAAUGCUAGGCGCGUGUUGAUCUUCCAUCAUCUCCUUCAAAUGCUCGUUUAGGUAUUCGUAGAUGUUGGUGUGAUAUGACUCGGCGACAGAGAUAGCCUGGUUGAAUGCGGGAUGUGUCUCAAUGACAUGCUUGAGCAGUUCACCAGUGGCAGAUUGUCCACCCUCUGUCAUCCAGUACCCUGGGAUGAUAGUAUCCCUGUACGGACCCCAUACACCAGGCACAAAGACUGGAUUCGGGGACAUGGCCAGGUGGCAGGUCGAUGUUCCUGCAACUGCAGCCAAGCGGCUGAAAGCUUGAGUACGGUCGUUCUUCGCAAC